AUGGCAACAUACCUCAUCACUGGCGCUUCUAGAGGCAUUGANUUCGAGCUUACCAAGCAACUGCUCGAACUACCAGCCUCCAAAGUUUCCAAAGUCUUCGCCAUCGCUCGCAACGCCGAAUCUGAUGCCAUCAACCAGCUUGUGAAAGAAUAUCCUGACCGCCUAUACCCCGUCUCUGCCUCUGUCGACGACCAUGCCAGCGUCCAGAAGGCAGCUGAAACCGUCAAGACCAAGCUAUCUGGUCAUGGCCUCGAUGUCCUGGUUAACAAUGCUGGGAUUAGUGGCUUCACUCCUGGUUUGAUAAAGGAUAUGGAUCCCGGUCAGCUGACUCAGAUCCUGGAUGUCAAUGUGGUAGGAGUACAGAGGGUGACUGCUGCUUUCAUGCCUUUGCUCGAGCAAGGCACACAAAAGAAGGUCAUCAACAUGUCUGUAGACCAACACCAAUCAGAAUCGUAG